CGCUUUUCCGUUGUUAAGGAACCACAAUCAAUCUUGGAUUCGAUGUUUGCAUUUGGUUUUAAUUUGUUUUGUAUUUUUAAUGAGUCAUAAAAAGGUUAUUUUAUAGAUUUAGAUCUAAUAGUUUUAUAAUGGCCCAUGUGAGAACUUACAGCCCAUCAGUGAGGGUAGGCAAUUGGAAUGAAGAAAUUCAGUUAGAGGAGGACACACUUAAAGAUUUUUUGCAUAGAAGAGCUAAUGGCCAACUACAAAUUCAAAAAUCAAGUGGAAUCAUUGGAAAAAUGACUAAUCCUGUUCAACUUAGCACAUCACCAGAUGGUCACAUACGAUUUGGGGAUACUGUUCUGAUAGUGAAUAAAGGUAACCCUGACAGAACUGUUUAUGGUGUGGGGCAGUAUCCGCGAGAUGACAGUGCAUUAGCUGUUCAUAUCCCUGAUUUGAAUAAUGAAAGUGAUGGAGGAUCUUCAGCUGCUUCACUUUUAGUUUUGGGAACUAAAAAGUUGUCACCAUGUAUUCGUACUGCCUUCAAGGUGUUGCCUGCAAAUGAGUAUGCUCAAAUAGGGGAGAAAUUACGUUACAGCCAGCCAUUUUAUUUGGUAACUGCUGCCCCUGAAAUUGGACAGCUAGCUCUGUAUUCUGAUGUGACACUCUUCAGCCGUUGUACAGAUAAAGCAAGGCACCAAGUAGCACAUCUUGUACCUCAGUUCUCUUUCCAAUGUUCAUGGCAAAUAGAACAUAAGAAUCCACUUCUUAGACUGGAAUAUGAACAUGAACCAGUUAAAGCCAAUGAUGCUUGCGUAAUACAACAUUGUAAAACCAGGCAGAAUCUGUGUGUGGAAGAAAACUAUAUGAUCAACACAUUUUUUGGCAGAGAGUAUGAGAUAUCUGCUCACACUUAUCUAGAUAGUCACAAAGCUGAGAAGCCUGUCAAUCUGUGGAUGCUUGUAAUGGGAGUUGCAGGAGACAGCGCAUAUCCACUCUCUGUGAAUGAAACAGGUUCUCAAGAAGCCAAGGAAAUGAAACCAUCUGUAUAAAACAUUAUGUUAGUGACAAACAUCUUUGUUACUGAAUCCAACUUCAUAUUCUUAGUUUACUCACAUGUCACCUAUCUCCUACAUGUUUCUAAAAUCAGGAGCGUUGCAAAGAUUUAGUUUAUACUGUCAUCAUUCUUUGUAGCUGAUUUUUUUCAUUAAUAUUGUACAAUGAUACACCAAACCUUAGACCUUGGUUCAAAUUUUGCUUCGAAUAUGUCUAACAUUAGACAAAGAUAAGCUUGGUUCAACUUUUGCUUUAUCUUGUUUAACAUUAGACAGAUAGUUUGGUCCAACCUUUGCUUCUUAUAUCAUGUUUAUCAUGAACUUGGUUCAACAAUUGCUUCUUAUAACUUGUCAAUUAAUAUUCAUACAAAACUUAAAUGAUAAUUCAAAAAGAAAAUAUUUAUUUAUAUCUUUGAAGUUCCAAAUAUGCAUCAAUAUUAAACAUGUUACAGUAAAUGUGA